GUUUCGCUCAAGGCGACACCUACAGCAACUUAUCAUUUUUAAUUUCAUCUCUUUUUUAGUUUAAAAUGCAAAAAUAUGAAAAGCUAGAGAAAAUUGGUGAAGGUACUUAUGGAACAGUCUUCAAGGCAAAAAAUCGGGAAACAUUAGAAAUCGUAGCACUGAAAAGGGUCAGGUUAGAUGACGAUGAUGAGGGCGUUCCAAGUUCGGCACUCAGGGAAAUUUGCCUGUUGAAAGAACUUAAACACCGGAAUAUCGUAAAAUUACAUGAUGUCGUUCACACGGAAAAGAAACUGACACUGGUAUUUGAGUAUUGUGAUCAGGAUCUUAAGAAAUUUUUUGAUAGCUGCAAUGGACAAAUUGACACAGGACUUGUUCAGUCUUUAAUGUACCAACUUUUAAGAGGACUAGCGUUUUGCCAUAACAAGAACGUCCUUCAUCGAGAUUUAAAACCUCAGAAUUUAUUACUAAAUAGGAAUGCAGAAUUGAAAUUAGCUGAUUUUGGCUUAGCAAGAUCAUUUGGCAUUCCCGUACGUUGCUAUUCUGCUGAAGUGGUAACAUUAUGGUAUCGUGCUCCCGAUGUUUUGUUUGGUGCCAAUCUGUACUCCACGUCAAUUGAUAUGUGGUCAGCUGGUUGUAUAUUUGCAGAGAUUGCCAAUGCUGGUCGACCGUUGUUUCCUGGAAAUGACACGGACGAUCAAUUGAAACGAAUAUUUAAAAUUUUGGGUACGCCAACAGAAGAAACAUGGCCUGGUGUAACACAAUUGCCAAACUAUAAACCUUUUCCGAUUUACCACGUUAAUACUGCGUGGCAGCAGAUCGUUCCUAGAUUAAAUAACAAAGGGAGGGAUUUGCUUCUAAAUUUGUUGAUUUGCAAUCCGACUGAAAGAAUGUGUGCUGACGACGCCCUACAGCAUUCUUAUUUCAACGAUCUCAAUCCGAAUAUGAAAGCUUAG